AUGGAACGCUCCAAGCGCCGGUCUGCCGUUGGCGUUGGCGUUGGCUUGGGCGCACUCGUGGCGGGACUCGUUGCACUCAGCCUCCUCGCGACCCCAGCCAGCGGCGCUGGUGAGUGCUGGAUGGCUGCCGCCCACCCCUGCCACGGAAAAGACAUGGCAGCCCACUGGAGUGUGGACGUGUGCGCGGACGAGAACUGUGGGGACGAAGCGUACUGCAUUGAGGGUCCUGAUGGCAAGCCCGUGUGCCAGUGCGAGGAUGGUCUUCUUGUGUUCGAUGAGCUGGACGGGACGUGCGUUAGUGUGUGGGUGAGUGUUGGAGUGUGGGUGAGUGUUGGAGUGUGGGUGAGUGUUGGAGUGUGGGUGAGUGUUGGAGUGUGGGUGAGUGUUGGAGUGUGGGUGAGGGUUGGAGUUUGGGUGAGUGGUGGAUUGUGGGUGAGUGAUGGAGUGUGGGUGAGUGGUGGAGUGUGGGUGAGUGGUGGAGUGAGGGUGAGUGGUGGAGUGUGGGUGAGUGGUGAAGUGUGGGUGAGUGUUGGAGGUCAUCACACGUACUGCGGGGAAGCUAGCUGUGUCUUGAAGGAUGAUAACACUGCCCAAUGCCGGUGCGACGAGGGCUUCGUCUUCCAACAAGCUGACUACACGUGCAUUGCUGGUGAGUGCAGUGUGGGGGAGUGGUGCAGUGUGGGGGAGUGCUGCAGUGUGGGUGCUUACUGGAAAAUAUGCGAGGUGCUGGACUGUGAAGGAGUGCUGGAGUGUGGGUGGUGCUGGAGUGUGGGUGGUGCUGGAGUGUGGGUGGUGCUGGAGUGUGGGUGGUGCUGGAGUGUGGGUGGUGCUGGAGUGUGGGUGGUGCUGGAGUGUGGGUGGUGCUGGAGUGUGGGUGGUGCUGGAGUGUGGGUGGUGCUGGAGUGUGGGUGGUGCUGGAGUGAGGGUGGUGCUGGAGUGUGGGUGGUGCUGGAGUGUGGGUGGUGCUGGAGUGUGGUUGGUGCUGGAUUGAGGGUGGUGCUGGAGUGUGGGUGGUGCUGGAGUGUGGGUGGUGCUGGAGUGUGGGUGGUGCUGGAGUGUGGGUGGUGCUGGAGUGUGGGUGGUGCUGGAGUGUGGGUGGUGCUGGAGUGUGGGUGGUGCUGGAGUGUGGGUGGUGCUGGAUUGAGGGUGGUGCUGGAGUGUGGGUGGUGCUGGAGUGUGGGUGGUGCUGGAGUGUGGGUGGUGCUGGAGUGUGGGUGGUGCUGGAGUGUGGGUGGUGCUGGAGUGUGGGUGGUGCUGGAGUGUGGGUGGUGCUGGAGUGUGGGUGGUGCUGGAGUGUGCGUUAGUGCACACGAUUCAUAA